AAUGCUGUCAUCUUGAUGGCUGGUACCAGUGUGGCCAGUGUCCUGCUGGUUCUGGCUGCAGUUGGAGCAGUGUUACUUCGCUUUUGGUAUUCCAGGAGAAAGGCAGUGUGGCAUGUUUCACCAAACAUUUCUGAAAUUUGCCAACCCAGUGUCACAUAUGCAGAUGUUGAAAAUGUCCUCAAGUGCAUGAUCAGUGGUGUGGGACCAGAGGAGUUCCAAGUCCAGUGGUUUAAGCUGAGUAGAGACAGCGCAGACACUGAGGAGGCCGCCCUGCUGUACUGGGAGGAUGUGAAUGAGCGAGCCAGUCUAGAGUCAGAUGGAAGUCAUCACACAUCUGUUCUGAGCCUCUGUCUGUCCACCAGUGAAGACAAGAGCAGGUACAGAUGUGUGGUCCACUGCAAGAGCAAGACUUUCACUCGAGAGACAACAGUCCAUGUUAAAGUGCAGCCCUCUUUUCUCCAGAUCUCUAGUAUCCCUCAGAUCCCCAAAGUCCACCGCCUUCUGGUCCUAUGCUGUCGCGUGGAAUACUUUUAUCCUGCUGUUAUUAACCUGGAGUGGUACCGGAAUGAUGGGGAGCCAGUGCACCCUGCCACCCACUAUGGACCCUUUUCAGACCAUAGCCACUUAUACAGCAUGUGGAGUAAGAUCCAACUCACUAUGGCAACAGAGGAUGAGAGCGCUGUGUACACCUGUAGGGUCUAUCACUCCAGCUUCCCUCCUCCAGGAUACAAGGAUGCUUUUUACUACAUCAACACUCACGGAGCUCCACCCAAUGUGAUGUUCAUCAACUGUGAGCCUCUGUGCCCUGUACCAAACACUGAGUGCACACUACACCUGUGCAUCAAAGACUUCUGUCCCAAACACAUAACAGUCACAUGGACAAUGGACGGAGAACCGGUGGACAGCAGCUGUGUGUUUAACACCCCUCCUAGUCUUAACAUGGAUGGACUAUAUGCCAUGUACAGCUUCCUCAAACUCAGCUCCACACAGGCUCAGUUUAACCAUACUUACCAGUGCAAAGUGGAACACAGUGCUCAGACCCAGCCAGAGGAGCGUCUCUUCACCCUCACAUACACCCCAGAGACACCACCUCAUGACUCAUCUCAGUCUAGUUAGGGAAUCAGAUCUGUUUAUAGCAGAUUUGUCAUG